AAGCGAAAACUUGGAGACGUGUACUUAGGGCUCUUUUGGGGAAGAGAAUUGACAAGACCUCACCGCAUUCAAGGAGAGCUCUUUUUUUUCCGAUCCGUGAUCCGAUCCGGUCCGAUCCAGAUUUUGUCAACACCUAACGCGGACUCCACAUGUGGGUUGUAAUACGACGUGCAAAACCAUGUCAGUUGCACCAUAGGGGGGUCUCUCUGUCAGUUAGUGCAGGUCAACAAGGAGGUGACACUUGGCGAAAUUUUGCUGUUCUCGGCGGAGUUGGGUGCAUUAUUUUUCUUCGGAUCGUUUUGAUAUGGCUAGUGGUGCAAGUGAUGACACAUCCAUGAAAUUUUGGCUUCGGGCGGAAUCGAAACCGCACGAACAACGCACUCCACUGACACCAGUCACUUGCAAAAAGCUACUUUCUGCCGGUCACCAGGUUUUUGUGGAAAAGUCGGAAGACCGAGUUUACAAAGAAGUUGAUUAUGAAAGGGUUGGUUGUAAAAUUGUUGAAGAAGGAAGUUGGACAGAUGCUCCUGCAGAUGCUUACAUAGUGGGGAUUAAAGAACUGCCAAACGAGGAUCAUCCCCUGAAAAAUCCUCACAUUUACUUUGGCCAUGCCUAUAAAGGACAGGAUGGCUGGAGUGACCUGCUGCAGAGGUUCCAUCAAGGUGGUGGUGAACUACUUGAUGUUGAGUUUAUUGUCAAUGACAGUGGUAAACGAGAAGUUGCUGAGUUUGGACCAAUGGCAGGAAUUGCUGGAGCUGCUCUUGCAAUAGCAGUUUGGUGUCACCAGCAACUAAAGCUGAAUGAGAUGUUCCCAAGUGUUACUCCAUACAUGUCUGAAGAUGACAUGGUGAACCACUUGAAAAGCCAAUUACAGCUGAUUGCAAAUGAAAGAGGAGUUCCUGAGAUUUACCCAAAGGUGUUGAUUAUUGGAGGAAGUGGUCGUUGUGGCCAAGGAGCUGCUUACAUUUUGGAGAAGACUGGAAUUCCAAGCAAAAACAUUGUCAAGUGGACAAGACAGGAGACACAAGGUGGUGGACCUUUCCCUGCCAUCUUGAGUUAUGACAUCUUUGUCAACUGCAUCUUCUUGUCAAAGAAAAUCCCUCCAUUCUUGACAAAGGAAAUGUUCCAUAACAACACCAGAAACUUAACAGUUAUUUCUGAUGUGAGUUGUGAUUGUACCAGUCCUGAUAAUCCACUACCAAUCUAUGACACUAUUACUACCUUUGUGAAACCAACACAUCGGCUUGAUAUGAGCCCAAGCACCAAACUAUUGGAUGUCAUUGCAAUUGAUCAUCUUCCAUCCCUUUUACCAAAGGAUAGCAGUGAUAAAUAUGCUGCUAAACUUCUUCCUUUCCUUUUGAAACUUCCUGAGGCAUCCACUUAUCCUCCAUGGGUCAGAGUCAAGAAUAUCUACAGAGACAAAUUGAAGGAAGCUCUGGCAGGGAUUGAAAUGCGAACCAGGAAGGAAUCUGUAGCAAGAGAUGAAGCAGAAUUGUCCUCCUCAUCGGAGUUUGAAAGUGAACGAACAGUAAAGAGGAGUUGCAGUAUUUUUAGGAAUAUAAUGAGUAGUUUUAAUGUUCAUCACAUUUGGCUUCGCGCGGAGACAAAACCAAAUGAGCAGCGGAGAGCUUUGACCCCCGAUAAAUGCCGGGAGUUAAUCGAAAAAGGUUUUCAAGUUUCUGUAGAAUAUUCUGACCAGUCUGCCUUCAAAAAUGAAGAGUAUCAGUGCAUACCAGGAAUCAAUAUGGUCCAAGCUGGAUCAUGGGUCAAUGCUCCGAGUGAUGCUAUAAUUUUGGGGCUGAAGGAGCUUCCCCAUUCACAUGAUCCAGUAUCUCAUAGACACAUUUACUUUGCUCAUGCUUAUAAGAAUCAGACAGGUUGGGCAACAUUACUCCAUCGUUUUAUUAAGGGAGGAGGCAGCAUUUUAGACAUUGAAUUCAUGACAGAUGAAAAUGGUAGAAGAGUUGUGGCAGAAUUUAGUGGAAUGGCUGGACUUGGUGGAAUGGGACUAGGAAUACUUGCUUGGUGCCAUCAACAGUUGAGUCCUGAUAAGCCAAUGGGUGAGGUGAAACCAUAUGGUAAUGAAGCUGCUUUCAUUGAUCACAUUACACUACAAAUCAAACAAGUUGCUGAAUUAAAAGGUGUCCAAAAAGUUUUCCCUCGAAUUAUGGUGAUUGGUGCCUUGGGUCGCUGUGGAAGAGGAGCAUUAGAGAUUGCCUAUAAACUGGGUAUUCCAAAGUCUUCUAUAGCAGAAUGGGACUUGGAAGAAACAAAGGCUGGAGGACCAUUUGAUGAGAUACUAAACAAUGAUAUACUUGUUAACUGUAUACUUCUCACUGAGGAAAUUCCACCAUUUCUCACAAAGGAAAUGUUAGAGAGAGCAAAUAGGAACCUGAGUGUGGUGGUUGAUGUUAGUUGUGAUCCCAAUAAUCCAUACAAUCCUUUGCCUUUCUAUAAUUCGAUAACGUCAUUUGAUAAGCCCUGUGGCAGAAUAAGGUUAAGAUGUGCUAAGCCACUUGAUGUGAUAGCUAUAGAUCACUUGCCUUCUGUUUUACCUCGUGAAAGUAGUCAGAGAUUUGUCAAUAAGAUGACUCCUUAUUUGCUGAAAUUAGGUGAUGAUCCUGUAUGGAACAGAACCAAGAAAAUGUUUGACCAAAAAGCUGCAGAAGCAAAAGCACUUAUUGAUUCUGGUGUGCUCCAUUAAAAUUUAAGGAAUCUUGACAAGAUAGAAAUGGAUUGAUCUGGAAGCAAAAUGGGAGUAAGGAGUGGUUAGUUAGAUCAUUUUAAAUCUUCAGAGGUUUUAAAUUUCCAAUUCUUAUUCAUAAAUUAUAUAUUGCCUAAUAUGCCUUACAAAUGUGGGGAUUGUGAGAAUGAUUCUUAAGGCAGAAUUAUUAUCAAGUAACCUUUCUGACUUUCAUUUCUCUAAACUUCUACUAAAAUAUUAGAAAUUAUUUUACAAUUUUAAAAUCACCUGUCUUUUAAAUUUGAUUUUUAGCAGCCUAGGUGUACUAAUGUUAAGAGGUGACAUGAUUAACUUCCUGGUGCAUGCAAUUGUUUAGACUGACAAUGGUCUUGUAAUCUUUUCGUGUCAUAAAGCAUCUUUAUUCAUAACUGAUUGAGUGAAAUUUAAGAACUGCAGAGUAGUUUGUUUCCCAUUAUAUCAAAUUAAUUUCAUCAGUUAUGUGGCUGGACCAUGCAGCUGGGUUCAGGUGAAUUUUUAUCAUUUGAUUUGAGCAUAAGCUCUUAGCUGCUGAUAUCAACAGCCUAUUUGUACAUUAUUAAUAUCUUAUCUGAAAAAAAUUGUAUUUAUUACUGAUGGAGGACCUCUUUUCUAGUAAGGGAAUAUUUUUAUACUCAUGCAGUGUAUAUUGAAUUAUUAAGCUACUGCAGAAGCUUAUAUUGAGUCAGACUUCUAUUUGAAUUUUACAGUAUCCUAAAUCACAAAGAAGUACUCAAACACUGAAAUUCUAUCAAAUUUGAAAUUUCAGGUAUACAUAAGUGCAUAAAUGGAGAUCUUAGUCAAAUUAUUAUUUUAUUUUUUUAACUUAAAUUGAAAAAUAAUGAAGGCUCAGAAAAAGGGGGUUUGAGGUUUUGUUUAUCUACAAAUGACAAACAAUAAUAACAAAAACAACAAAAAAAAGUGGUUUUGAAUGAAAUGUGAUUCUGUAUUUUUUUUUCACUUGUGCUGACACCUCUUUUAUUUCAAGUUAAUUUCUCAGUUUUUACAUGUUCACACAUUCACUCUGAGUUCUGUUUAUGUCUAUAUGUCUUGGCAAUGCAAAAAUAAAAAGGUUAAAACUUUAAAAAUGUCCCAACUACCCUAAUUGCUUCCAGCAUAGGACAAGUGAUGGAUUGCAAAUACGUGAAAACGGGAAUCUAAACAUGUGACACUAAUAAGCCAAAGAGGGCUUGUAACAAAAAUGUAUGUUUGAUGUUUUCCUUAUACCUUACUGGCGGUUGUUUGAAACCAGUUUAUUUCACAGAAUAUUCCACUCUUUUGUCUCAGAGGUGAAUGUAUUUUUAUGUGUGUUGAGUAACAUAUGCACAAGCUGACAUUGGCAAUUGUUACAGAGGAAUUUUGUCUCCGAAAAAAAAAAUAGAUAAAAAAUAGAAAACUGAUAUCUAAUGGUUUUGUCACAAGGCUAUUUUGUUUAGGGUAUUGAGAAAAUCAAUUAAAUCUAACAGCAGUUGUCUUGAA